UUUAACAACGCCACGUGUCACUUUUGUAUUGGACGUUUUUUUUUUUUUAAAAAGUAGCAUUUUGACGUCAUGCAGUUGGAGAAAAGUUGAAUAAUUUAAUUCCAUCUUUGCCCUUGUGCAGAAUCAUGUGAUUGUAGGUAUGUUUCUUCGUGUCUUCAUCUGAAACCACCACUUGUUCCGAUAAGUGCAUUUUGUAGGGUAACAGUGUUGAGACAUCGUUUUGGGUUUCUUUUUCCGGCAGUUGAGUGUCGUUCGUGGUUUGCGUUGCAGUGGAGGCUUUCGUUAUCGGUGUGGGUGUGGCGUUGCGAAAUGACGACUUCUUCGACGACGAGGUUGACGGUUCGUCACUCAGUUUCGACAAAGUUCAUCUGCGGUUUGAACAAACGUUUGAGUAAGGAGCAGCGUGCAUUGAUUGGCGGGACUCCGUUUGGGUGGUUUUUAGAUUUCACUGAUGCAUUGAAGAAAGGAAAAGCUACAACGAACGUUUAUGUCGAUGGUUGCAUUUACAUGUUGCAAGCUUGGUUAUUUGAGAAAUUGAUACCUCCCAAAGGUCCUAUAGAAAAAAAUCCAAGAAUAUUGCAUUGGAUGUAUUUGAAGUUGGGAGACAACAUACUAACACAAGCUUUGGAAAGUGGUGUGGUUAAUGUUGAUGUUGAUGUUGAUGUUGGUAGAAGGAAGGAUGAGAAAGACUUCAAGGAUCAAGCAAGAGGGAAAAAUAAAGACGAAAAGGCAUCAACAAAGAAGGAACUUAAGAAAAACCGUAGAGAACGGUUUAUGGAAACUUUACACGAGCAACAAAGUCUUGUUGCGGAACUUAAAAGGAGGGUUCUUGUGUUGGAGGAAGAGGUCGCAUUCGAGAAACAUAGACGAAGAAGACCACAGGAUGGUGGAGACAAUGUCGCACAUGAAGAACCGUCGUUAUCCCCUAGAGGCAUGUCCCCAGGAGGCAUCAGUCCGGGCGGGAUCCCGUUCGGAGCCCAAUCCGAACAGGGCAUGUCCAGUGGUCGUCCUGCAAUGAAGACAUUUGUGAGGAUGGGGUCAAGAAGGCGUUACAAGAGUAAAGCGCUUAGGACUCCUUAUGUAGGAUUGGUUAGGAAGAAGUUAGACUGACAUUUGUAAAUAUUUGUGUAGUUAUCGUGAUAUGCAGAUUGUGUAGCAUGAACAAUUAUUUUGUAAUGUGGAUUUGAUUUUUCUUCAAGGUUGUAAUCGUUGAA